CCAACCUCGUCUGAUCAUCGGAACAAGAUGGGAUUCACUCUUCAACUCAUUGUGCUCCUUGGCCUGAGCGGUGGACUGCUGAUGGGAGCAGAUGCUAGAUGUGCCAAAAAAGGAGGAUGCUGUAAGGCCUGCCCUGAUGGUUGGGCUAAGCACGGAGAACGCUGUUACAUGUUCUUCAACGACAAAAAGACCUGGUGUGAAGCUGAGUCUCAUUGUGUUGAGCAAGGAGGGAAUCUGUUUUCACUCCAUACCCCUGAAGAUGCCGAUUUUGUCAGAAAUGUUGUGCUGAGUGCAACAGGUGCCAGAACAGCGACUUGGCUUGGAAGCCACGAUUCAGUCCAGAACAAUUGUUGGUUGAACAGCGAUGGCUCAAAGUUUGACUUCCAAGCCUGGGGCCCCGGUGAGCCAAACAACUACGGGGGAAAGGAAGGCUGCAUGGAAUUGCGCCACACAGUGGGCCAACCUAUCAACGACAUCAGCUGCAGUAUCAAGGCUGCUUUCAUCUGUGCCAGGAGCCUUGAAGUGAUGGAUGACUGAAGCAACAUCUCCAGUGAUCCUGACGAAGUGUCACUUUCUUUGUAAUUUUAUGACAUUUCUGAUUAAUUCAAACAUAAUUCAAUAAAGCAUUAUACUGAGC